CAACCGUAGAAGUAAUAAUAUGUACACUGUACAGCUUCGCUCGUCAACGUAAUAAACAGCAUUUCGGUCGCUUUGAUCAAUUUACUGCUGAGACAGUUGUUCAGUUGUACGUAUGCGGUAUUACCGGUUUCUGGUAUUAGGUUACAGUGGCAUAAAUGCACUUGAAAGUGUUUGCGCCAAGCCGAAAAGCUCUCGAGACUUCACUGAAUGGGUUUUGUUGGUCCAGCUAACUAACUAUGUAUUAACCGGCUACGCUGCGUUGGCGUCCAUUCAUUUCUCAUCUACCUGCCUUUGCUCCGGCAUUCAAGCAUACUUUUGAAAGAUUGUUGCCUUUGAUAAUAAUUUUUUUACUCUUUGAUCUGAUUUCGGUGAUUUCGUGAGGGUGCAUAGUGAGUGUUGUGUAAGCCAUUGUGCCGCUGAUAAUUCAGCUGUGUGAUUUGUUUGCAUUGACGGCAUAACAGUUUGCCGCGGCAAAGAAAGUCCAUACUUUAUUGCCUUUGCACAUUUAUACCGUAUCUGUGAGAGGAUAUUACGGUAAUCCUAAACAACGAUAGCACCCAACCAUCCUCUGUAUCUGCGCCUUUACUCAUUGGAUCGAAACAUUCGUGAGGGACAUCGCACCGGAUACUGCUGAAUAAUUCUUAUAUAUAUAUAUAUAUAGCUCCUAUAACGGGGUCAUCUGGAUCUGUGUUUGACCUAGAAAAAGCACACCGCUGUCAAUUGUGGAGUUGGAUUUGUAUUUAUCCUGUGGUAUCUCUCCCCUGUGAAUCAAAUAUAGGAUGGAUAGUGUCAAGAAUUGGUACAGGUCCAAGUCGAUGAACUUCAGUCUGCCCGGCAAUCCCAUGGAUUUCAAGUCGCACUCCCAUUCCGGCUCCUACGGAGCCACCGAUAGGGCACUGAAGCAUGCGGCGGACGUAUGUAAGAAACUACAGCCAAGCGCGGAGACGCGAAGCGCCGUCCUCAGCACCGUCCGGGACGUGACGGACUACGGCCGGAAACUGGUGAUCCCCAAUGAGGCCACAAAGCAGAAAGUGUCCCGCUUCUAUGAGAGCCGGGUGGCCAAACUAAAGUACGCGCAGCUGGACGACGGCUUUCGCCCCGGUCACGGCCAGCCUGACGAUCUGACCCGCAUCUGCGUGGAGGUGGACAGCGACGACUCUCAUCCUUACUACCAGCCCCGCCCCCAUGCCGAUACCGCCCUGGCCCGGCUGGAGGACCAGCAGGUGCCCAGCAUUGAGCCGCUCAGUCUGCCGGCCCGUCUGCGCACCCACUCCCUCGGUGCCGGCGCUCAGCCGACCUCUGCGGUGGCGUCUCGCGAUGAAAAUCCUUUCGGCACGUCAGACUGGAAUGGCAGUUUCAUGCAGUACAAAGAUCCCGUUCGACGACCUUUCUAACUGCAUGUCCACUACUCAAUAAAUGUUACAUGUUUCUGAAUUGUGUUCGAACACAAAUUUUCAGCAGGACGAUUUGUCCCGGGUCAAUCUACACCAAGCAGUUUGCUUGUUUUUCUGUACAUUCAUAUUAUACAGUAGAUGCGCACUACAUUACAAUAACUACUUAAGUAAUAUAAUAAGGUAAUACCUGCUUCGUGAUUUUGUAUCCAUUUUAGAUCUGACAGAAUCGAGUUUCUAAUUCGAAUGGUGUUUAAAGAUUAAAGGAUUCGUUAUAAAAGUUUAUGGAAAUCGC